AUGUCGAACUACAACCCCGCGUAUCCGAACAACGUGCAGGUCGACGCCGGCGUCAAGGAGUUCAUCACGAAGUUCUACGGGGUGUCGGACACGCCGGGCAAGAACCAGGAGUGGCUCGACUUCUUCCACGACGAUGCGACGCUCGUGAUGGCGUUGCAGGAGGCGACUGGCAAGACGGACAUCCUGAAGGUGCGCGAGGGCAUGUGGGAGAAGGUCCAGGCGCGGAAGCACACGGUGUUCCAGGUGUUCCCGGCGUCCUUUGGCGAGGGCAGGGGCAGCGACGACGAGGUCGAGCUGAUGCUGUACGGGAACGUCGUCUACAGGUUGAAGGCGAGCCCGGACGGGGAGGACAAGGUGGACUGGGCUGGGCGCGCGAGGCUGACGAGGGCGCCUGGAGGAGGGGAGUGGAAGUUUGCAUAUUAUCGCGUGUACCUGCAGAGGUGA